UUCUAUAUCAUAUUUUUUAAAGGAUCCUUUUAACCAUAAUUAUACUAACUGCACUUGCAAGCUUGACUUAUAUCUCUAUAAUUUCUUGGUACCGAUACGAGGACGGUGCUAUUUCUGUAUACUCGAGUCAUCAAUAUAAACUCUUCAGACUUUUGAAACCUUCGAUACUUAUGUGUCCAAUAAAUUUAAUAGAAGAAUCCAGCUUUCCUACAACUUUUAAGCGGUAUAGUCUAUGUCUAUUACAAAAUUUAAAUAUUUUUAUAUGUUUGCUCUUAAUUAAAGCAGUGUUGUUUUAAGUCAUAAAAAUAUAAAAUAUUAAUUUUAUAUUAUAAAGCACGGUAAUUCGGUUCGAAAUUAAAAUUAUGAUAAUUCCAGUUAUGGCAUCGAAGAUACAUCAGACGCUCGAGCAUUUUUUCAUUUCUUAUCAAACGCUACCUACAAUACUAUGAUCAAUACACCUGAUUACGAUAAUGCACCACCAGAAUUAUGGCUUAGAAUUUUGUCAGAUUUAAAAAAGGAAUUCACUUAUGAAACAACUUUGACUGGCGAAGGAAUAUGGGUUGCCACUGAAAACGGUUUAUGUGUUUCUGUAGGAAACUUUGUUCUCCACUAUGCAAGUUUGCAAAACUUGUUGUCUAACAAUUGGACUGUAAUACCUUUGCCUAAUUAUCCACCAGAUUCAAAAGAUUUUGAGACAGCCGAUGAAGAUAUAGAUAAUUUUAAUUAUUUACCAUCGUAUACUUACGACAAAGAUCACGGAAAAACAGAAUUAGUGAAAACUGAUACUCCAAUACUGGUAAUCGUUUAAAGAACUAUUUAAUUAUUAGCCAAUUAAACAUCACGAUCGUUAAUAUAAUUAUCUUCAUUUUGCGUGAACAUAUAGUUUAGCAUACUUAAU